GAUCUCUUCACAAUCUUCUGUUAUUUCUUUAUUAUGUUGUGUUGGAUUCCUUUUUCUAAUCAGGUUUUUUUGUUAAGUUUCACUUGAUUUUACUUGAACAAGUAUCUUAAGUACUUGUCUCUGGUUUGUUCUAUAGACCUAAGGGAAAUAUGUGCAUUGCUGAGGCUGCCGAGUUGGCCAAACGUGCACUGUGUCUUGGUGUAUAUCUUGUUCCUGAAAGUUGUCAAUGUAUGAGUGUUUUCUUCAUCGGAGAGGGAGGGAUUAGAGCGGUUGCCUGUAACCAUAGCAUAGAAGAAUGGCAGAAGCAGUACUUUAGCAAAGCUGGAGCGGUGAGUAGACAAUGA